AUGGAAACCGACACCGUCAUCGUCGGCAAUGGGCCGUCGGCCAUGAUACUUUCGUAUAUUCUUCAUGGCCAUAUUCCGUUCUACUCGUCCGAUCCUCCACACCCCGAUCAUCUGCUAGACGCCAAGCUGAAAGCCGCCCCGGAGAUCUUAAAUGCAAACGUCGAAUCGCUCACGGCGCAUUUCGCCGCCUCGCGCCUCUCAUACUCGACGCAGGCCCUGCCGGUGAAUGUCUUGCUCGAUACGCUCGUGUGCCCGAGUGUCGACAUCGACGAGAUGGGCUCUACUACCAAUGUCGAGUGGCGUUUUGAGCCCAGCAAGGCCAUCCCACACCUCGUGUACGGGAAACCAGCUCAGCCGGGGGGUCAAUGGACCGAAGAUCCAUGGGGUGCCAGCUGGGAUAUUCAAACCCUAAGCUAUGCGGCGAUGCUCUCCCUGCCUGGGUAUUCGUUUGCCGAACACCAUAAGAAGAGCACAGGCCAGGAUCUCCCGCCUUUUACUCGGCCAACCCGGCGCGAGAUCGCAGACUACUUCCGGGUCUAUCCGCAAGCCGCAGGCAUCGACGAUGUCUUCCGAUGCGGGGAGGAGCUGACCGGUAUUUCCCGCACGGCCGACGGUUUCUAUAUCCGAAGCCAUGAUCUUCGCUGCAAGCGCUUGGUGCUGGCGAGUGGAAUCUUCACCCAGGUGCUCCCGACCGUUCCCCUGUUGCGGCCAUUGCUACAGACGCAGUCCACUCCCCAAGUUCCUCUCCUCAUCAUUGGAUCUGGUUUCUCUGCUGCAGAUGCCAUCAUUUCCGCUUCUCCCACUCAAAAGAUCCUCCACGUUUUUAAAUGGGCUCCGGAGGACCGCCCAUCACCUCUUAGGAGCUGCCACCAACAGGCAUACCCGGAGUAUGCCGGCGUGUACCGUCUGAUGAAACGGGCUGCUCUCAAAGCCGAAAGUUCUGCCAAGGGCCAGCGACCGAAAUACCGUCGUGCCGCCUCGACUCCAUUCCUCGAAAGUCGGGAUUGGGAAGAGAUAUACGAGGGCGUGCCCAAUGCCGAUGUUACUGCCGUCGAUGUACAGGAUGGCGUGGCGACUGUCACUUUCAGCCGUUCGGACGGGUCGACAUUCUCUCGGUCUGUCCGGGGCCUCGUAUAUGCGGCAGGCCGUCGCGGGUCUCUCAGUUAUCUUGAUCCUGCACUCCUGUCCGAGGUCGUAGGACAGCAUUGUCAGGAUGAGAAACCCGAGGCAACCACCAUCUCUGCUCAGACCCUCCGUGCGAAAGCGACGGAAAACCUUGAGGUCGCCCCGGGAGUGUUCAUUAUUGGAAGCCUGACUGGUGACUCCUUGGUUCGAUUUUCGUAUGGCGGCUGUGUCUAUGCUGCUGGCCAUUUAAUCGGAAACCAGAAAAAAGGCCGGAAAUCAUGCAGCCCAUGCAGCAGCAUAGUAUCAGCGGCCAAGACGCCGACUUCGUCUAUUGCAGUGAUGAACGGAAUCGACGGCCAUCAUAUCAUUCCAAAAGACGACGCAUCGGAACUGAUGCGCGAAGACACCUUGAGCAAAAGAUCGACAGUGACAGAACAGCCUGGUGUGCGCGGAUGGUGGAAAACCAUGGUGCGCGUGUGGAAUGACAUGAUACGAUAG